UUGGGUUUCUGUGAAACUCUUGCAAACAUACUCUGGGCAUCAACACCUCCUGUCAGAAUGAUCAGAGAGUGGGAGGAUGGCGGUCAGCCUGAGAAACCGAGGCCUGGAGAUGUAGGGCUGCCAGAAAGGAAGAGUGUAGAAGGGACUGUCCCCCAGAAGGCUGGAAGGCCAGUCAAAACGCGCACCGCCAGCUCCGGUCCCCAUCAGGAUGAAGACUCCCUGUAUUGCCCAAAUGACCUGCAUCCUACUUUGCAUCUGAGGUUAUGGAACCAACUCCACCAAUCAGACCCUCGCAUUUCACUCGGUAAAUUUUCCUCUAUGGAGAAAGAGAUCCUGCGUCUAGGUGGCACCCACACCGUGGCAACAAGAAAGUUUUUGGCUCGUAAGCAAGAGGAAGAACGGAAAAUGCUCAAGGAGCUGAAGCUCCAGUCUCCGAGCUACAGACAGACGAUGGAGUGCAACAGGCAGCGCGCCAUUCCUUGUCCCGCAUGUGGACCCUCCGAAAAAAUGUGGACAGCAAAGGUGAGCGUGCCCCCCGAGGAGUUUAAAAUGCCACAGCGCGAGAAGCUCACCAUCUACAAGCACAUCGAGAGGAUGCAGCUAGCCCGCGCCCUGAGAAACAAGCAGUUUUUAACCUACGCAGAAAGGCUUAGAGGUUCCUCCUUACUCGCUGGCGUGGUCCUCAGCCCAGCGGUCCCAGACAAAGCCAAUGACAAGGUUAAGCCAGAAGAAGAGCAGGCCGAGCACAAAAGCACCAAAAAGCAAGAAAUAAAAAUGAACGUGGUUUUCAAGUCAGAAGAACCCAAGAAAUGUUUUGUGUGUCAACCAAAGGAUUGCAAAUCCUUCUUCCCCAGAAAAAAAUCAGAAAGAUCCAUCGCAGGCCAAACAAACCGAAACCUUUUCCCCUUAGCGGAAUUUCCUGGAGACCUGAUGCUCAUGAAUCAGGAUUUUAUAUCACGGGGAAUCAACCCCUGUAAUAUGACUAAGACCUGUUCCCUGGAAGAAGAGAGCUUUUGGAAUGAGUAA